AUGACGUUCCUAAGUGACUUACACGACUUGUCAAACAAUGUCGAAGAAUCUAACGAUAAUCAAGAAAUAUCUGCAGACGAUGUAAGGGAAGCACAAAACGAAAUAAUCGUACCAACAGUUGACAUUCAAAAUAUUACAAUUGAGAAAGAAGAUAUCGACGAAGAAUAUGAAGUUUUAUGCAUGGAAGCUGCAAGAUAUUCUGUAGUCAGGAAGCAGUCAAUGGCGAAAGACGAAGAAGAUGAUACUCUUCCUGAUAAGGAUGCUGCCAAAGGAUUCUAUGCUAAAUAUGAACCAAAGGAAGUGCUUGGUCGUGGCAUUUCGUCAGUUGUUCGACGGUGUAUUGAUAAAGAAAGCGGCAAAGAAUAUGCCGCAAAAAUCAUCGAUAUUGGUGGAUCUGAAACGACUGACCCGCAACAAAUGCUUGAAUCGACACGACAGGAAAUCAAUAUCUUGAGGCAGGUCAUGGGCCAUCCAUACAUUAUCGAACUGCAAGAUGUCUUUGAAUCUGACGCUUUCAUUUUUCUGGUCUUUGAGCUUUGUCGUCACGGUGAGCUUUUCGAUUAUCUCACAUCGGUCGUGACGCUCUCCGAAAAAAAGACAAGAUUCAUUAUGCGUCAAAUAUUCGAAGGUGUUGAUUACAUUCACUCGCGGAAUAUUGUUCACAGAGACUUGAAACCGGAAAACAUUCUGCUCGAUGACAGUUUAAAUGUUAAGAUAACAGAUUUUGGUUUUGCAAGGCAUUUGGCAGAUGGUUCAAAACUUUAUGACUUGUGUGGCACGCCAGGCUAUCUUGCGCCUGAAACACUUAAAUGUAACAUGUUUGAUGAUGCACCAGGAUACUCAAAGGAAGUUGAUAUUUGGGCAUGUGGCGUCAUAAUGUUUACACUUCUUGUCGGAUGUCCCCCAUUUUGGCAUCGUAAGCAAAUGAUUAUGCUGCGUAAUAUAAUGGAGGGUAAAUACAGUUUUAUGUCGCCUGAAUGGAGUGACAUAUCAGGUGAGUGUGAAGAAAUGUAUGAAAGUAUGAGAUUGUCAUUGGAGAAUAUUCCAGAGGAUCCAAAGGAUUUAAUUCGAAGAUGUUUAGUUGUCGAUCCUGACAAGCGAAUUAAUGUUCGCGAAUGCCUCAGACAUCCAUUCUUCAACACUGUAAAUAAAAUUAAGGACGUAACUAGUAGUAAUAGUGAGACUAGUGAUAAUGCAACGACGACCAGUUCUGAGACAGAACAGACAAGUAUUAAUUUAAUAAAUGACACAGAGAGUAUUAAAAAGCAGGAACCGAAGAAACAAGUAAAUAUUGUUAUCUCGUAUAUAGAACAGAAUGACGAGCAAGGAAUUGGACAAUUGGAUAUAAAGUUCAUUUACAAAGCUCGUAUUAGUAGAGUUAAUAAAACAAUUAAUCCUGUGGAAUGCAACAAUCGAAUCUGUCGUUUUAAGUCAAUGAGUAUUAAUAUGUUCAGAAGUCUGAGCUUUCGAGUACUGAACCGUGAUGUCAAUAACAAUCAACAAGACACACAGCGUCUUAUCUCACACAGUCAUCAUUCUCAUCACAGAAAAUGCCAAUGUUCUUGUGUGCCAAGAUUGUUUUUUAACUGUUGUUUUCUCCUGCGACGUCAAAGCCAGUUCAAUCCUAGAAAGAAGUUUCAAUUUGCAAUAUUAUGUGUUCGAGCUAUGAUAAGAAUUCAACGAUUGCGCUUCACACCUGAACCACUUGACUUUGAGGAAGCGAUGCGUGAUCCAUACCGAGUUAAGGUCUUGCGAAAAGUUAUCGAUGCUUGCGCCUUCAGAGUUUACGGCCACUGGGUUAAGAAAGGUGAAGGUCAGAAUCGUGCUGCUCUCUUCGAGAAUCAAGCCAAGACAGAAUUAGUGAAUAUGUACAUUCGCGGAUUAAAUCACUAAACCACCUAAAAUGUCAAUGGAAAUCUCAUCAAUAUAAUUUUAAGAUGCUAGAUAGCUGAAAUCUGAAAGGAAAUUAAAUCCCCAUGACUUUCCAUUCAAAUUUAUUCUUAGCAUACAAGAAAUCGAAUAUUCUCCUUCAUUUCGAUUCAAAAUUUGUUUCUUAAUUCUCUUUCUCUGUUUGUGUGUGUUUUUUUUUCACUUGCCAAAAUUAGGAAAACAAAACAGAAAAAUAUUUAUGUUGGAGAUAUUUUGAUUAAAUGUUUUUAUGUAUAAUUUUUAAUUUAAAAUGUGAAUGUUUAUUUUAUUUGCCUUUUAAAUGUUAUCAUUGUGAUCAUUAGAUUUUGAUCAUUUUUAUUGAAAGAAUUAAAAGAUUUUAGUUUUAUGAGAGAAACAAACAAAAACAAGUUUUUUAAAUUUGCAAAUUCUUCCACAUUGUGAUUGUUUUUUGUGAAUCUUGCGCCUUUGAAAAUGGACUUUUUCCAUAACUAUCAAUGUAGAGAUUGAGUUGAAAAGCUUUCAAUUGUUCGUAUCCUAGAAGUUUCUCACAAAUUUCCGUUUUCAGAUCAUUGGUGCUUGUGGUGAUUAUUGAAUCAAAGUUUCGUUCUUUUGCAACAGUUAAAAUGUGAUUUUCCAUGAGAUGAACGAUACAAAUAUUUUCAAAAGCAUCUAAACUUAUUGAAGUCGCCAUCAUGAAAGUUUCAAGAACUUUUCUUCCAUUAUUUUUUUCAGAAAUAAUGUCAUCUUGAACAAAUUCCAUGAAUUUGAUAAUUGUUUGAAUUGAUGAUCGCUCUGAUGAAAUUUCGGGACCUUCUUCAACAUCAAUAUUAAGUGAAAUGCCAACGAUUUUCUCUUGAUUAUCAAGAACCAUGAAACUUAUUUCAUUAUCCACAAACAAAGCCCAAUUAAAUUUGAGAAAAUUCGAAUAUUCUUCCAUGUCUGUGCUUACAAGAAAGUUUUCUAAAAUUCCUUUCUCACAUAAUCCAGUUGCCAGUAAGUUGACACAUUCAUUCCUUCGUUGAUGAUUUA